AAAGAUUAGGUGUUACAAAACCAAAACACCACGCGUUUGUACGUGUGCAUUCAGUGUUUUUCAAAUUGAUUAAUAUAAAGGAGCCUCAGUAAACUACGUGUUUGAAACACAUUUGAAGGAUUGUUUGAUACAAUUGCAAGAUUUUUUAUGCAUCGUAGUUGGUGGCUCCUCCGAACAUCCCACCACGUCUGGAAGUGUGCAGCCAUCGAGAGCCGAAUACCCUACCAUAACUUAAACAAAUUAAUAGGUCUAAGCAGCAUUAACCCCCGGACCAACAUGCCAGCUGAAAAACGCAAAGCGCCUUCUAACAAAAUGGGCAAUGCCAAAAAGCAGAAGCUGCAGGUGGCGAAAGAGGGGAUGGGGGAGAGUGAAGAGGUGAAUGAGCACCAGAACCAGGACCUGAAAUUCAACAAGAAGCGCAUGCGUUUCCUGUCCCAAACCGAGAAGAUGAAGCAGGGUUCAGAGGGCGUAGUCUACUGGAUGAACCGGGACCACAGGGUCCAAGAUAACUGGGCUUUGAUCCUCGCUCAGCAGCUUGCCCUGGAGGGGAAGGUGCCGUUGCACAUCUGUGUCUGUCUAGUGCUGCCACAAAAUUCUAAGCUGGCCACCCUACGGCAUGUUGGCUUCAUGCUGAGAGGACUGGAGGAAAAUGCCAAGGAAUGCCGUGCCCUCGAUAUUCAGUUCCACUUGCUCCAGGGUUCCGCUGGGGAAGUAUUGCCGGGCUUUGUGGCAGACUGGAAUUUGGGGGCUGUGGUGACUGACUUCUCCCCUCUAAGGGAGCCACUGCGCUGGCUGGAAGAUGUCAAAAAGGGGAUUCCAUUAGAUAUCCCCUUCAUACAGGUGGAUGCCCAUAACGUGGUGCCCUGCUGGGUGGCGUCAGACAAGCAGGAGUACGCUGCCAGGACCAUCCGUACCAAGAUCAACAAGCUUCUGCCGGAGUUUCUCACCGAGAUGCCCACAGUGGGCAAACACCCGCACCCAGCUGCUCAAACCGCCAAGCCAGUAGACUGGGCCGGGCUGAUGUCUUCUUUGGAAUUGGACAGGACAGUGGAGGAGGUGGGUUGGGCCAGACCGGGUACUGCAGCAGGCUUGGCCAUGUUAGAGUCCUUCAUCGACCAGCGUCUCAAGAACUUCGCCACUCUGAGGAACAACCCUAACUCCUCAGCUUUAAGCCAGCUCUCUCCGUGGAUCCGCUUCGGUCACUUGUCUGCCCAGCGUGUGGUGCUCCGGGUCAAGAGCUGUGAGAAGAAGGCUAGGGAGUCCGUACCCACCUUCAUAGAAGAACUGGUGGUGCGACGAGAGUUGACCGACAACUUCUGCUUUUACAACAGCAACUAUGACAGUGUCAAGGGUGCCAGCGACUGGGCCCAGAAGACGCUGAAGGAUCACGCCAAGGAUCCCAGGCCGUAUGUCUACUCACAGGAGCAGCUGGAGAAGGCCCAGACACACGACAAACUCUGGAACGCAGCCCAGUACCAGAUGGUGACUGAAGGUAAGAUGCAUGGCUUUAUGAGGAUGUACUGGGCCAAAAAAAUCCUGGAGUGGACAUCCUCGCCAGAGGAGGCACUCUCCAUCGCCAUCUACCUCAACGAUCGCUACGAGUUGGACGGACAGGACCCCAAUGGAUUUGUAGGCUGCAUGUGGUCUAUAUGUGGGAUCCACGACCAGGGCUGGGGCGAGAGGCCCGUCUUCGGGAAAAUCCGGUACAUGAACUACAAGGGCUGCACCCGCAAGUUUGACGUGGCUCAGUUCGAGAGGAAGUACUGCCCCAAAACAGCCUGAGGAGGACAGAGCCUAGGGUUAAGGCAGGCGAAUGGUGUAGACUGUGGGAGUAUUCAUCUCAGGUCUCUGGGUCAUACUCAUAAGGUCAAAAUAUAGCUAAAUGUUUGUCUUUUUUUAUUGGAUCCAUUUCAGGCUAUCCAUUCCUGUUGCAGUUUUUUUUAAAUCUGUUUGGUGUUCAAGAUGGGGUCUAGUGUAGGUUAGCUCAUCCUGGCACAUAAACAGAAAAUGAACAUCUGUGUUCUUAUUGGACAAAUUAAGAGAAAAAAAUCCAGACAUGGGUUUGCUGCCACAAGAUAAAGCUGGCAUUUCUCAUUUACAUUAUGUUUCAAAACAUUUUCUUCCUACAUGUAUUUUUCAAAGCCUUUUAGGUUCAUAUAAGUACAUGCAGACACUUGGUUAACUGUUUUAAUACUACUUGUUUUAAUACUACUCUGUGUUUGUGGUAUCCUAGUAACAUUCAGAGGAUGCUAGUAAGGUUCUGUGUUUUAAAGAUUAAAGGUUUAUUUUCUUUGGUUUUUCUAGAA